GAGAAGAUGUGAAUAGAGACAAAGGGAGGGUAUCCCGGGUGAUUCCGGGGUAUCUUCCAGGACGGUGUUCACCAUGAACCGACCAAUCCCAAACCGCAAGAGCCACAUCCCUCCGGAGAAGCCUUUAUGCAGAGCGGCCGAGGAUGCGCUCGAUUCUCUCUUAUCCGGACGAUAAAAGCUCCUUCAUACAUUUUACUAGUCAACUAACACGACACACGAUUCUCCAAUCAUCACACACAGCACAGCUCACCAUCAUGGCAUCACGAAACACUCUCCGUCGCUCCCUUCUCUACAUCCCCGGCUCCUCACAGCGCUUCAUCGACAAAUCCCGCAGCCUAGCCGCCGACUGUGUCGCCUACGACCUCGAAGACAGCGUCACUCCGCACAAGAAAGCGGAAGCCCGGUCGCUGGUGCGCCGGGCCCUCGAGCAGCCUUCUCCGGGAGGGAUUCGCGAGCGCGCGGUCCGGAUCAACUCGGUCGAUAGCGGACUGGCAUUGGCGGAUCUGACGGAGGUGCUCCAAUCACCCAACCUCUCCACGAUCGUCAUCCCGAAAGUGAACUCAGCAUCAGACCUCACCUUCGUCAGCGACGUGAUCAACCACACCCUUGCGCAACAAGCAGCCUCCAACCCGUCAGCCGGGGCCACCCGACCCCCCAUCUCCCUCCUCGCGCUCAUCGAGUCCGCAAAAUCCCUCACCAAUCUCACCCAAAUCACGGCCGCGACGCCCUACCUGCAGGGUCUGAUUUUCGCCGCGGAAGACUUCGCGCUGGACCUCAGCCUGACGCGGACGCCGUCGCUGACCGAGUUCCUGUUCGCGCGCUCCAGCAUCGCGACGGCCGCGCGCGCCGUCAAUCUCCCCUCCACGAUCGAUCUGGUCUGCACGGCGUAUAAGGCGCAGGGCGGCGAGGCGGCCACCGUCCUGGAGGACGAGUGUCGCAGCGGCAAGCAGCUGGGGUUCAAUGGGAAGCAGUGCAUUCAUCCGUCGCAGGUGGAGACGGCGGAGCGGGUGUUUGGGCCGGAGCAGGGCGAGGUGACCUGGGCUGUGAGGGUUGUGGUUGCGGAUGAGAAGGCGGCGAGGAGUGGGCGGGGGGCGUGGACGUUGGACGGGAAGAUGAUCGAUGUGCCGGUGGCGGAGAAGGCGAAGGCGAUUGUCAGGAAGGCGGAGGAGUGCGGGAUGGAUGUUGGGGCGUUGAGGGAGGAGUGGAAGGGGCAGGAGCCGGAGUAGGCUACACGGACGAGAUGUGUAGUUUCGGGAUGUCUGGUAGGUGCGAGAAGGGUCAAGUUGAUGGAUUGCUGCUAUCCUUCACUACCUAGAUCAUCACGAAUCCCAUGGUUGACAUGGUAUGAAGAGAUAGAAAGUAAAUAUCACGCUAAAUAACAUUUCGAGUUACGCUCGGAGCAAAACGGGCAACGCAACGUCCUGUCUAUCGAUCUCAUUC